UUCAAGAAUCAAUCUUUGAUUUGAAUGCAUAUGCUCACACAUUUCUUUAUUCUUUCUUGCUUGCCUUGUAAUUCAAAUUCCAAGUUGGAAAAUUUGAGGCAUAUAUCUUCAUUUGAAAUCUGGUCAGAUCUUGCUUUGUGGGUUGUGAGAUUUUGGUGGGACUUCAUAUUUCCAUUUCAUCUCCAUUUCCUUCCUUCAACUGUUGCCUAAAACAAAGUAUAGAAAAGCACCCCCACUAGAGAAAGAAAAGAAGCAACCUUUUUCCCCCUCUUUAAUCAUUCCUCACUUUCUUCUUCUUCAACCCCUCAUUUCUUUGAUUUUUAGCUCUAUUUUUGGGGGUUGUGACAAAUUUGAAGGAAUGGGAUUGGCUGCAGCAGAAGCUCAGUUUCAUGUUUUGGCUGUUGAUGACAGUGUGAUUGAUAGGAAGCUUAUUGAGAUGCUGCUUAAGAAGACUUCUUACCAUGUUACUACAGUUGAUUCUGGUAGCAAAGCUCUGGAAUUUCUUGGUUGGAAUGAAGGAAACUCUGAUGAAGCCAUUUUCUCUCCCAAAAAUAAUCAGGAGGUGGAAGUUAAUCUUAUUAUUACAGACUACUGUAUGCCUGGAAUGACAGGCUAUGAUUUGCUCAAGAAAAUUAAGGAAUCAGCAGUUCUGAGAGAUAUACCAGUGGUGAUCAUGUCAUCUGAGAAUGUCCCCUCAAGGAUCAACAGAUGCCUAGAGGAAGGGGCAGAGGAGUUUUUUCUGAAGCCAGUGAGAUUAGCAGAUGUAAACAAGCUUAAGCCCCACAUUAUGAAAACCAUGGGCAAAGAGACUCAAAACCAUGAAAAUCAAGACAAUGAUGAAGAAAUAGUGGAAACAGAAAUCCAAUCUCAAUCUCAAUCACAAUCACAGCCACAGCAAACACCACAAUCCAACACCAAUAACAAUAAAAGGAAGUCUAUGGAUGAAGGGCUAUCACCAGACAGAACAAGGCCUAGAUACAAUAAUGGUCUUACUGUUAUGUCCAACUAAUUUUCUUCUUCUUUUCCAUAAUGUUCUUUUUUUAUAAAUAUAACUCUUUUUUUAUAUUUGCUUUUUUUGGUGAGGUUGUAAGAUAUUGUAUAGGGAGAGAAAUCAAGGGGUGUGGUUCAUCAUGAAUGAUGAAGAAUAUAUCUGUACACAUUUGACAAAGUAGAAAAAUUUACAUCCAAUUUUGUA